CCGCCACUCAGUCGCCCAAAAUACUACGAAGACGGCAAUAAUGGCUGCCGGAAUCAAGCGCAAGCAGGUCAGCGAGAGCACCAAAAUCGCGAAUGGAUCCAAGGUGAAGAAGGUCAAGGUCGCGGAGCAAAAGUCUGCGAAGAAAGAUGAGUAUCCAAAAAAGUCGAAGAGCAAGCCCAAGCCAGUAGUGGAGGAAGACGCGUCAAUGGAGUCGGAUACUAGCGAAGUCGAGAACGGCUUCUCCGGAUUCUCGGCCAAAGAAGACGACAGUGACGGCUUUGUGGAGAGUGAGGAUGAGGAGGACGCUGGGAGGAGGGCAGAAGCUGUAAAGAAAGUCAAGACCGAGAAGCAGGUCAUGAAGCCGCAACAAGAGGCCUUUAAUUCCUCCUCCUCUCGCGAAGCUCAUGCGAAGCAAAAAGCUCUCUCGAAAGAACGAAAAGCCGCGAAGCCUAACGCCGACGAAAUCGCUCGAUCCAAGAAGCUCUGGGAGCGAUUACGACUCAAGUCGCAUGUCGACCUGGAGGAGAGAAAAAAACUGGUUACUGAGCUCUUCGACAUUGUGACGGGGCGAGUCAAGGACUUUGUGUUCAAGCAUGACUCUGUGCGCGUCAUUCAGUGUGCGCUGAAGUAUGCAAAUAAGGAGCAGAAGAAGAUGAUUGCUGAGGAGUUGAAGGGGGAAUACCGGGCGCUGGCGGAGAGCAGAUACGCGAAGUUCUUGAUUGCGAAAUUGCUUGUCACAGGAGAUGUCGGUGUCCAAGAGAUGAUUGUCUCCGAGUUCUACGGCCAUGUUCGACGCUUGAUCAAUCAUCCCGAGGCUGCCUGGAUUAUGGACGACACUUACAGAAGCGUCGCAACUCCUGAACAAAAGGCUAUCAUGCUACGAGAAUGGUAUGGUCCCGAAUUCGCGAUUUUCAAGUCGAAAAGCGGAGCGAAAGUCACCUCUGACCUUUCCACGAUUCUCGACGAAUCUCCUGAAAAACGGCAGCCGAUUCUCAAUUACUUGAACCAGUUGAUCAAUCAGCUGGUCCAGAAAAAGAUGACAGGAUUUACGAUGCUGCACGAUGCUAUGCUACAAUACUUUCUUGCUUGUAAACCUGGAAGUACGGAAGCCUCCGAAUUCCUCGAUCACCUGAAACCAGAGGCGACUAAGGAUAAGGAAGGCGAACCGCCCCCAGAAAUCGAUCUCCUUCGCAACCUUGCCUUUACAGAGUCUGGUUCUCGCCUAGUUUGUCUCGCCUUCGCCCACUCCAACGCUAAAGACCGCAAGAAUCUGCUCCGAGCAUACAGGGAGAACAUGGAGGCUCUUGUCUUCGACCGCAACGCACACCGUGUCCUACUAGCUGCCCUCUCUGUCAUCGAUGACACUAAACUGUCAUCAACCUCCAUCUUUGGGGAACUAAUUCCCUCGAAGUCAAACGAUGCCGAUGCUAUAAACGAGAAGAUCUUUCAACUUGUUACACAUCUAGAUGCCAGGACGGUCCUUCUGUACCCUUUCGCGGCCGACGCAAAAUGGUUGUUCUCGGACCCAAAGUCGCCUACAAUCGCUCUAUUAAACGAGGUCCACGCUAUCCGUGCCACAACUUCGAAAAAGAAUGCGGAGACCCGCCUUCAGGAACUUGCAAAGUCAAUAUCUCCUUCUCUACUUGGUGCAAUUGCGGCACGCGCAGCAGACUUCGCUACCAGCUCGUUUGGAUGCCAGUUCAUGUCGGAGGUGCUCUUCGACGCUGAGGGCGACAAGAAGGCGGCCCUCGGCGCGGUUGCGCAUCUUGCGGCUGGUGAUCCCAGUGUUGAGACCCAUAUCUCCAACUCAGCUGCUGGAUGUCGUAUGCUUAAAGGAUUGGUGUUGAGUGGGAGGUACGAUCCGAAGCAGAAAAAGGUCAUUCCGGUCGAGCCGAGCCUAGGGUUUGCGGAGAUGCUGUGGGGGAGCAUACAGGACCAUGUGAUGGAAUGGGCGACGGGCCCUGGUAGCUUUGUGGUUGUGGGGCUGGUGGAGGCUCAAGGCUUCGAAAAAAGGAAUGAAGUAGUGGCCGUUCUUGAGAAGCGGAAAAAGAAGUUGGAGAGCGCCGCGGGUAAGGCAGGCGAGAGUGAGAAGAAAGAGAAGAAGACGAAGAAGGGACAGAACAAGGAAGAGGAAUCAAAAGGUAAGAAACGGAAGGGAGACCAGGACGAGGAUGCUGUAAAAGGUAACGCCGGCGCGAGGAUCUUGUUAAAGCUGAUCACUUGAAGAGUUGAUGAAGUUCAGAGGUAUACCUCCCUGGUAUAGGGGCUGAACCGGCGUUGGAUGGCGCUUUCGUUGAACGGGUUUCAUGUUUUGGACCUUGAUAUCAAAGAUGACCGGAGAAAAUGUCGACGAGUCCCAUGGCUGACCUCUUCUGCUCCUCAUGAAUGAAUAUGACAAGCAUACGUGAUCUGAUCCACUGGGUUCGACCUGUAUACACUCGUCUACGACUGUCUGAAGUGGCUCGAUAAUCUUCACGUAUCUUGAGGCCCA